UAAAACACGUCAUCACUAGUGGACGAAACGUCACACUGGCUGUUGCAAGUUCAUACCAAACUACAUGCAACAACUACAUACAUAAAUGGCCUCAGAGGACGCAUUUAAAGUGUCUUCCCUGAAAGGGAAAGUGACCCUGAUAACAGGGGCCAGCUCGGGUAUCGGAGCAGGUUGUGCCGUCCUGUUCGCCAAACUCGGAGCCCUGCUCGCCCUGAACGGCCGAGACGUGGAGAACCUGAACAAAAUAGCCAAAGAGUGCACCGACCUCGGGGCCGCAGAGCCCUUGCUUGUACCCGGAGACCUGACUGAUGAGGAGACGGUGAAGAAGACGGUAGAGCAGACUAUCGCUCGCUUCGGUCGGCUGGAUGUCCUGGUCAACAGCGCUGGUAUCCUGGCAAUGGGCAGCAUCGAGACAACAGACUUGGCUCAGUAUGACAGGGUCAUGAACAUCAAUGUCAGAUCAGUAUACCACCUGACUCAACUUUGUGUGCCUCACCUCAUCAAGACUAAAGGCUCUAUCGUCAACGUAUCCAGUGUCAACGGACAGAGAUCGUUCCCUGGUGUCCUGGCCUAUUGUAUGUCUAAGUCAGCGAUUGACCAGUUCACACGUUGUAUAGCACUUGAACUGGCAUCAAAGCAAGUCAGAGUAAACUCUGUUUGCCCUGGUGUGAUCAUCACAGAUGUCCACAAGAGAGCAGGACUGGAUGAGGAGCAAUAUGCUCAGUUUCUUGCAAAGUGCAAGCACACCCACGCCCUCGGUCGACCAGGUGAGGUGGAGGAGGUGGCCCACAGCAUCGCCUUCUUGGCGUCAGAUGCCGCCAGUUUCAUUACUGGAGUCAACCUACCCAUUGACGGAGGCCGCCAUGCCAUGUGCCCACGAUAAGACCAUGUACGCACACAUACAGCAGUCUGCUAAUAUAGUGCUUCCAACCUCCAA